AUGGGGUCCAGACUGAGCAGGCAGAGCAGCCUGGACAAUGAGAAUUUCUCCAAGAAGCGACGCAGGCUGUUGGACGGUACCGGGGAGGGCGACAGGGGCGGCCGGGGCGGGGGGGGGGACUUUCUGUUCGCGCUGAUGCUGAAAUCAGACAAGCUGCCGGGGAUGCUGCGCAGGACCAACCACAGCCCGUACAUGAGGAGGGUGGCGUGGAUCAAAGACAUCCAGAAGCUGCUGAGAGACCGCAGGAUGGAGCAGGCGGCCGACGUGCUCAAAUUACUGAGGAAGGAUCUCGGCUUGGAAGGCACCUCGCUCAACGACAUCUUAUACAAAAACGCUGCCUUCCUCAACCUGGUGGACCCGAUCUCACACGAGCUGCUGCUCAGCCUGGCUCGAGAGAUGCAGUGUCCCAAGAAGGACGCAGACACCAUAAAGUCGUCUGAUAAGAUCUGCCGACAGCUGAUCUACCACCUGACCCCGCACUCGAAGUGGCUGAGGCAGAGCAUGUCCAGACGGAAAUCCCAGGCCUGCCUCAAGACAACCUUGCAGAAGAAGCUCUCCAGCGACUCUGUCGACCUGUCCGGCAUCCCUCUGUCUGCCCGCGACGUCCGCCAAGUCGCCUUCUACCUCCAGAAUAACAGAGACAGCGUGGUGGCCGUGGACAUCAGCUUCACGGAGCUCCAGGAUGAGAACCUGCGGAUCCUCCUGCCUCUCCUCGCCUCGCUGCCCAAGCUCAGCACCCUGGCUCUCAACGGCAACCGCCUCACGCUGUCUAUCCUCAAAGACCUCACCGAGAUGCUCAAAGACCCCAAGAUGUUCUCCAGCCUGGCCUGGAUUGACCUGGGCAACAACGUGGAUAUUUUCACCAUGCCGCAGCCGCUGCUGGUCGCGCUGCGCCGCCGCUGCUCCCUGAAGAGCAGCUUACCGACUAUCUACGAGUACACUGAGGGCCAGCCCUACUGCUACCACCUGGAGACCUCCAUCGAGGAGCCCAGCCACUACGAGGAGGAGGAAGAGGACGAGGACGAAGAGGACGAGGAUGACAUGGGUAACAAAUUUGAGCUGGAGCCGUGGACGCUGGGGGAGAAGCAGCUCUCCAAAGACUUCACCCUGCACUACUGCGAGAGGUGAUGGAGGCGUUUCCUCUCUCACGCUUUCUUUCAACUGUGGUUGAAAAUGUCGUCCCACGGCACUCUGUUACUUCCUUCGCCCUUUCACACCACGAGCCCAGUCACCCUUCGAAGGGGAACGAAAACUUGUCGUCCCCCCCGGAACACAGCUACCAAGCUAACCCUAAACCAUCUCUGAGUUAACCCACACAAGAUGACAGCGAAGCGACUUACUGUGUUGGUGGAUGGCGCUCUUGGGAACGAGGUGCGGUUUCAUUGGAGGGGGGCUGGAAGAGUUAAUGAACCGAUGCGCUCUCUCUCUCUCUCUCUCUCUCUCUCUCUCUGAUGGCGGCAGCUGAAGAGGCCAAAUCCCAAGGAGAUUCAGAUCAGUUGGUCGGAUGGAAGAGCAGCAUCCCGGCGGUAGCUGAGGUUUUUUGGAAACAGAGGGGGUCCUCCUCUGGGUUCUCUACCGGGACUCUCUCUGGCAGGCAGGGCCUAGCUCCACAUUGUGUGUUCUCUGUUAAUCUCUCAACAAAAGCUAUGACACAAGUUCAACAGACUAUACAGCCGACGACCCGUCACGUGACGCCGGCAAAACUGCUAGGUCAAGACUUUUUGCGUGUUCCCCCCCUUUCCAAAAUGUCCACUUGUGAAUGCCCACGCAGCCCUUGUUGUAGAUGUAAAUGAGGACACAAAACAUGGCUCUGUUGUGGCUAUUUUUGUGCACUUUUUGGUGAACAAAAGCAAUCUUAGAAGACAACAGGUAGGACUCAACAAUGGGUAGCUGUCACUGAUUGUUUUUUGUACCUGUACUAAAUGCUGGUCUUUGUAAUUAUUGAGCCGUUGUAGUGUUUCAGUGUAUUUAUGACACUACAACUGAGUCUGAGCAGCGUCCAAACUGCCCGUCCUAACUGCCGUUUCUGUUGUCCUUUUUUCCGUUUUAUCGAUGGCCCCUGUGUUUGUUAUGAGACACAGCUGUGACUGUUAUCUAUUGGUUAUAGUCCGUCUAACAGUAGCACAUAAUGAUUAAGCUGACCGAAACACUGCAGUGCACUUUAGAGGGACCAUUUUUUAAAAACAUGUUUCAGUUCCUCCAUAGCGUAAGCUCCGUGUGCGUUCUUUAUUACUGGAGAUAUUUACGGUACAAUGACGACCAAAUGCCUCGUGAUCAUUAACAACAUCUAGAGCUGCAACGAUUAGUCUGUUAUUCGAUUUAAUUGUCAACUGUUCAAUUAAUUGCUGAUUGUUUUGAGUCAUUUGUUUUCAGAAAAAAUGCACAAUUUCUCUUGAUUCUCAAAUGUGGAUAUUUUCUGCUUUAUUUCAGUCAUCUUUGAGAGUAUGGAAGCCCUUUACUGCCAAUGUGACGGUAGGAAAAUAACGACUUAGUAUCUUAAAAUAAUGAGACACCUUCAAAAUAUUGACUUAAUAUAUAAAAAUGACUUAGUAUGUCAAAUACUGACUUAAUAUCUCAAAACAAUGAAUUAAUAUCUCAAAAUAUGGACUUAAUAUCUCAAAAUAAUGACUUAAUUUCUCAGAAUAUUGACUUAAUAUCUCAAAUAAUGACUUACAGAAUCUUAUUUACAUCACAUUGGUGGUAAUGGGCUUUUAUACGUCUUCGUGGAACAAAACAAGAUAUGUGAUGACGUCUUUCACUGUUUUCUGGACCAAACAACUAAUCCAUGAAUUGAGAAAAUGAUCAGCAGAUUAAUCAAUGACGACGGUAAUCGUUAGCUGCAGCAUCACCUGAUAUAUAAUAAAUGUUUAAGUGUGUGUUCUGUGUGUUUGUAACAGUAAAACGUCUGAUUGCUGCUGUAAUUAUUUGUGUUAUUGUUUUGGUGUUUUGUCUUCUGUCCAACUCUGUAAUUAUAAUAAUGACUCUAUGACACUGAGCUCAGUGACCUCCUGCUGUGAACAAAAUGGGACGUGGCCAAUGGGAUUACACAAUAAAACAGGAAGUAGUCCAGUAAAUGUAAAUCACACUGUAGCAACUGUUUUAAUCUAAGCGACGGAGAACACUGUCCACCUGGUUUAUGUUUCGUGUGUCAACGUCUUUCCUCGUAGCCUGUGUGUACUCGUCUCAUGCCAAACACUGACUGCCAAUAAAAGAACCAAACUGA